AUGCACGAUUAUUCCCAAACCAUCAAGUAGGCCUACGUAGAUAUUUGUGAACAAUGCCAUCAUUAUCUUGGAUUACUUAUCAUAGCGGUCUACAGACAAUUUAUAUGUAGGGUUAGUAAGCAGCGGCUUCUUUAUUUGAGUGUCGUUUGUGCUUGCAUUUAGAACACACAUGUGGAAGUGUCAUUCGCUCCCCACAUUUGCUACACUUGUGUCAGCAGUGGGAUGCAGGUGACCGUGAGGCCAGGCCAUCGUAGGUGCUGUUAGGACACCACCGACCAGUUUAGUUGAUUUAACAUUUCGUGGAAUCUGGAUUAUUGGUGAUUUCCAACAUUGAACUGAAUUCUAUAAUGGUCAGGAGGUAGCCUACCAUUGCUGACUGCCAGAGGUGCGAGAUCGUGCGUGUCCCCCCUUGUGCAGGAAAUCCCCCGCCAGUGAGUCGGAGUGAGGGAGCCGCUUUCCAUGGAGGUUUCAGGCCCAGGAACGAAAACCCCUCUUUGAUGGACAGAAAAGGUUCAGUAGCCGUGCCACAGCUGAGCAACGAGAUGCAGCUGAGCAUCAUGAUGAAAGUGAAGAGUGGGGAGCUGACCAUCGAUGACGCCCUGAACCAGGCCAGGAGGAGCAAUCAGGAGCAGCUAAAGCAAAGCCUGGCCACAGAGGAACAGCAAGCCUCCCAGUACAACUUCAGUGUUUACAAGUACAACCGCUACAGGUGGCAGAAGCGCAUUCUUCAGAUUGACUUCAACACUAAAAUGGUGUGCAGCAUAGAGAAAGGCAUCGUAAAGCGGCAGCUGCCGUUCCUGUGUGUUAAGAGCUGUGAUGACGGAGUUGGGACCAAGUUCUCUAUAUCUUUCAGAGGAAGACAUGACUAUGAGCUGGAGGCCACCUCACUGGAGGACAAACACAAGAUAAUGCAGCUUGUAAACAAGAUAAUCUACAGAAACAUCUACAGACAUCCAGUGGAGGGCAGUGAAGACACGUGUGUGCAUCCCCUGCUUCUAGCACCAAAGAGCCUCAGGGAGGGCCUGCUGUUCCUGCAGAGAGGUGGAUUGGCAUCGUUUAAAUGGGUGAAGUACGAGGCUCACCUUCACCCUGGCAAGCUGACCCUGCUCCCCAUCAGCCGGCGGGGAGUAGGUGCAGAUGGGGACAUGGUCACCUCGUCAUCCUUACCAGUUGUCAUUCAUUUCUCAGACGGGGAAGCGAGUGUAGAGAAACCACGCAGCUGUGACACCUUCACUCUUUUGACUCACAAGAAUGAGUACCAGUUCCAGGUACCUGUGACAGAACUUUCCAAAAGCACAGAAGCCAUCCAGAAGGAGAGGGAUGCUUGGGUCCAGGCCAUAGAUGAGCUAUGCCUGAACUGGAAACGCACGUCUCAGUCUGAGCACUUCUAUGAGGAAACCAGGGCUUUAAGAAUCUAUGACAAUGUCAAACACAUUCUGGAGGAGAACAAGUCCACUGACGGACAAGGCCUCCGAGGAACAGAUCUUGUCUCCAGUGCAGAUAAUCUAUCGGCUGGAGAAAAGAUUGAGAGUAAACCUCCAACCUCGCCUCUCCCAAAACCCUGCAGCCCUGUGAAGUUACUAGUGAAUGUCCCCUUCCCUGGUCCUGUCCUUUCCCCUGCACCUGCCCCUGAUUCUGUGCCUGGUCUUGCACUUGUUCCUGGUUUUGUCCCUGUUUCUGUCCUGGCACCAGUCCUUGAUCCUGUCCCUGUCCCCGCCACUGUCCCUGUACCCAUUCCCUCAAUGGUGCCAGCUCCCCCCUUCAUUCCUAUGCCUCCUCCAUUGCCCUUUAAGCCCAGUAGAAAACCCCUAACAGAGCGGACCAGGGCCUUCCACUGGGAUGAGGUUGGUUCUGAUAAGAUAGAGAAAUCAUGCUGGACACGGGGAAAUGCUGGGAACAUUGAAAUUGACACUUCACGCUUGUAUGAGCAAUUUGCUGUUCAAGAUUUGGGAACAUUUGGCGGGAUCACCGAGCCCAGCAUUAACCUUCACAUCAUGCUCAAUAUGAAGGUUGCUCACAACUUUAAUAUUUUCCUCAAAAGUUUCCAUGUGCAGCCAGGAGAACUAAAGGACAAACUGUUCUUGGUUAAUGAGGGUGAGGGAGGCUUCUCUGACGAACAGAUCACUUCCCUGAGGAGAUUUGUACCUACCUCAGACGAUGUGGAAAUGUAUAAAUCUUACAAGGGGUCUGUGUCAGAGCUGCAUGUUGUGGACCAGUACAUGAUGGAGAUGUGCAACAUUCCUUACCUGAACUCCAGACUGGACAUGCUGCUGACUCUAAGAGAGCUGCCCAUAAGCAUGGAGGAUCUGCAGCCGCUGAUUAACCAGAAGAUCAGGAUGUGCACGCAGUUGUACAGCUCCAGGUCGUUUGUCUCCGUGCUGGAGUACCUGCUGGCCAUCGGCAAUUACCUCAAUGAGAACGCAGGGAAGGGAAAGGCCAAGGGAUUCCGCCUCUCCUCCUUAACUAAAAUCUCCCAGCUCCGUGGGAUAGACAGGAAGUUCACCUUGCUGCAUGCCCUUGUGGAGCAGAUCAUGUUGCACGAACCCGGCUUGGCCACUUUUCCACAAGAGUUGACGGAAUUCGAAACUGUCCCUGGGGCUUCCAUUAAAGGCCUUACUGCUGAAGUGGACGUUCUCAAGAAUGAGUUACAGAAGACCAUUCAGUACAAGAAAACGUACAAGAGAAGAAACCAAGGCGAUCAACACCCAAAGUUUUUCAAAGACCUGAAGAUGGCGAUUGAGAAGUACAAAACCGAUCUCUCCCUGCUGACAAAGAGGUCUGAGGAGAUGAAGAAACUCUACACUGACAUAUUGGUUAAAUUCGGAGAGCCGAUGGAUCAAGAUUCUCAGGAGCUGUUUGGCUUGGUGUGCCAGUUUGUCAAUGACUUCAAGGGGACACAUGCUGAAAUCAGAUAACAAUUUGCUGUCCUUGUGUGACUAUCUAUAAAUCUUCAGCCAAUCCAAACACAAUUCAGUGCUGCAUACUUUGUAAUUAUGCAAAUACAAGUUUAUUUACUUCAAAUUGUAAAGAGGCCGAGACUUCUUAGAAAUUGCACUGAUCAGUGACAAAUAACAUUAAUGGCAACCUUGAAACCUUUAAGCGUCUUUGGGUCUUUGAAAAGCGCUAUAUAAAUCACAUUAUUAUUAAUAUUAUUAUUGUUAUUUGUGUGCACUAAGAUGCCACACAAGCUGUGGUUUAAUACUAUGUUCAGGCAGCUAGACUUGGGGAUUGCAAUUUCAGUGGGAAAAUAUUAGUGUAUAAUGCUUUGCUGUAAUUAAAAGGAAUCUAUAUGGGAAAUAUAACAGGUACUGUAUAUUGUUUGAAGACAGUAGACUGAUAGUUGGUCGGAAUUCAUUGUGACAAAUUGUCUGAAAUCGAUUGAAAAAAUGUAUUGAAUUGAAGUUAUGAGACAGGGGGAAUGCCUAAUGAUUUGAAUGGUGUCAGCAAUGUUGAGCUUGUAUUAUUUUGAACUUAAAAACAUGAAUUGGGAUAUUUUGUGUACUAUAUACUAUAGGCAGAGAACAUUUAACAGAACAAGGCUAUGUCGAUAACUUAAUUUGGACAAAAAUUCUGAUAGAAACUUAUAGUCCCAAGCACUCUACUUUCUGUCCACAGCUGUCUGAUGACAAGGGAACCGAAUCACAAAGAACACACACACAGUGGCCUCGCCAGCUGAAAAUGGUCCAUCUGAUUACCCAUUUUUCUCUGAACGUGCAGACAUUCUUGCCUUGGUCGGGGACACACAGAUUUUCUAUUCCAGUACUCCAGUCAGGGAUCCAGGACCCUUCUCUGAUUCUGGACAGCAUCUGGUGCUUUUUGCCAUCUGAAAUUGAUAUUUUUUCCCAUUGUCCUUCCCUCACUUGCAAUUGGUUGCGCAGCAGCAAAAUGGGUGCUGUUAGCAACUGCUUGAAAAUACUUUAUAUUGAUUUGAUGAGAGAGAGAGUAAUUGAUUAAUUGAAAAUGUACAGAAAAUAUUUAAUUAAAUGUGGCUUUCAUUCACAA